CAAGACGGAAACGACCUAACAAAAUGKCACUGAGAAGAAUUCUUCUCGCAACUCUGACCGUUCUAUGCGUCCUUGCUUCUUCAACGAGUUYGGAGCAGAACGAUGAUCUAAGCUUCAUACUAAUUGGUGAUUGGGGAGGGAUGCCGUUUUUCCCGUAUCGGACUCCAAUAGAAUCCGCUGUUGCCAAACAGAUKGGUAAAAGCGCAAACGAAAUUGGUGCACAGUUUGUGGUAGCUCUUGGGGAUAAUUUUUAUUUUCAUGGUGUAAAGAAUGAAAAUGACGAUCGGUUCAAAGAGACAUUUGAAAAUGUUUUCGUAGCUCCAUCAUUGCAAAUCCCUUGGUACAUGUGUGCUGGAAACCACGACCAUUAUGGGAAUGCCUCAGCUGAGAUUGCAUACACCAAGAAGUCAACAAGAUGGACAUUCCCAGAUUUCUACUAUUCAAAGACUUUCAAAAUAACCAGCAGUGACAAGGUACUGGAGCUAGUAAUGAUUGACACUGUUUUACUGUGUGGUAACACUGAACAUGAUAACAUAAAGGGACAYGCCACAGAGGGACCAAGAUCUGUGGAGGAGUCGGAAACRCAGUGGGUUUGGUUGGAGAAAACUCUAAACGCAUCAAAAUCAGAYUAUUUGCUUGUUGGUGGACAUUUCCCAGUGUGGUCAAUAGCAGAGCAYGGCCCAACAGAAUGUCUUGUAGACAGACUUAAACCUCUAUUGGAAAGAUACCAUGYAACAGCAUAUCUUUGUGGACAYGACCACAAUUUGCAGCACUUAAAGGAGCCAAAUUCRACUGUUCAGUAUUUUGUUACUGGAGCUGGCGCUUAUGUAGAGAAGAACAGAGAUCAUGAACACUCUGUUCCUGCUGGAAGCCUCAAGUUCUUYUGGGCCAAUGCAUUUAGCUAUGGUGGUUUUUCUACUGUUCAAGCAACAACUAAUUCAUUGACAAUCACCUUUGUAGAUGCAGAAGGAAGGAAGCUGUACAAUUAUGCCAUGAAACCUAGAACUGGAACUUAUUAUUAGUGUUAAUAAUAUGGGACAUGUGAUUUAAGGCUGUGAACUAAAAAAAACCCAUUUGUAAAUACAAAGUAAAGAUUGAGACGAAAUUCACUAUGAUGACCUACAUAACUAUACUGUAUACAUUAAUGUAUGUCAUCGAAGUGAAUUUUGUCUCAAUCUUUACCUGGUUAAGUCAAAUGUUUUCAAACAAUUGAAGUGAAGAUUAAUCUAAGGACCCAUGUGCACCCAACUUUUGUUUUACAAUGGUCUCUUGUUGAAAGGUGGUUUCUGAUUGAUUCAAAAUCAAAGAUGGAUGCACAUGGGCCUAAUAAAUGAGUUAAAGGCAUCAAAGGUAAAUGAAAACAGCAUUUUUAACAAGAGUAUAAAUCAAAUACAAUUAGACUAAAUCAGGUGUAGGAUGAACAGAGUUUGUGUCAAAAACAAAUUCUACAUUUUAUAAAUUACAUUUUCUUCUACUAUGUUAAAAAGCAUAAGAAAUAACCUGCUAGUAUAUAGGCUAGUCAUCUUCUUCAAUAACCAUUAUCAUAACACCUUUGUCAUUUGUAAUUAUUUCAAUAUUUUUGCCUGUUUCAAGCUGUUCUUCUUGAUAAGCAGCAUUAUUUAAAUCUCUACUGAACUUGUCUUCAUUACUGGGUUGUAAACUGUUGUUAUUUUGAAAAAUAUUAGUUUCUUGUGCACCCUCCUC